CACCUCAAUUUUGUGAGGAGCUUUAUCAACUCUUAUCCCUGCCACCUAGCCUAAGUGCCUGGAGCCAGGCUCAUUUAUGUAGCUGGGUUAGAUCUAAUUAGAAUGGCCAGCAGUCGUGUUGGGCUGUUUUGUGCUUUUUCCCUCACUCGCGGCUCGGCUGGGCGAGCGCAGCCAGCGAUUUCCUUUCCUGGCCAGGGAGUUCUCUCUUCUCUGGCUCUAGAGUGUACUCUGUGCUUGAGGGAGAAGAAGGGUUUUCUCUUUGUGGAGGACACAGGGCUUUUCGCAGUGGGCUUUUUCUCCCGCCUUUUCCCCCAACUGAGAAGGCGCUGUGGAGAAAGAGCUUCUGAGCGGCUGCUCCUGUGUACUGUUGGUCUCGUGGCGGCCGUUGGUUAUAUCGUUUGCGGCGUGCAUGCCACCGCCGUCUUUCCCUGCUCCAUUCUCCAGCUCUGCUUCCGACCAUGCCAUCCCUCUCUCAAGCAGCUCCACGGCUGAGGAGCCGCAGAAUUUGUAGAGACAAGCUUUGUGAUUUACCCAACAUAGAAAAUGGAAGAAUUGCCCUCUACUAUUAUAGUUUUAAAAACCAUUACUUUCCAAUGAAGAAAGGUGGGAAACUUCCAUAUUCCUGUUUGGCUGGCUAUACAACGGAAAGUGGGAGCCAUGAUGCCAAGUUAAACUGCACAAUGAGAGGCUGGGCACCAGCCCCAAAAUGUUACAAGAAAUGCCCCAAGCCUACGGUGGAUAAUGGUGUUUUUUUAAAUACGAAACUGUCCUACAAAAUAUGGGAGAGCCUGAAGUACAGUUGUGAUUCAAGCUAUUGGACUCCUGGAGGCAGCAGGGAAGAAACCAUACAGUGUCUUCCAGAUGGAUGGUCAUCUCUUCCAAGGUGUAUGGAAGCAAAUGGUACAACCACAGAGACGUGUUUGGCACCAGACCUGCCCCAUGGCCACUACCAUACAGCCCAAAGAGUGUUCAGCUUCAAUGAAAAACUUAAAUAUGAAUGUGAUGAUGGCUAUCAAACAACAGGAGGCAACACAACAGAGGAAGUACUAUGUCAGCCUCAUGGAUGGUCUCUUAUUCCAAAGUGUUCUGAAUUGGGAUGUUCAGCAUUAAGUCGUAUAGAGCAUGGAGGUUUCCAUCCCAGGAAGGGAAGCUAUGAAGAAGGAAUUGUAGUUCAGUUUUUCUGCUUGGAAGGUUAUUCCUUAAAAGGGCCAGAGUUAAUUCAGUGCUAUUACUUUGGCUGGUACCCAGAGCCUCCAGUAUGUGAAGAACGGAGAAACAAGUGCCCUCGUCCACCUCAACCUCCCAAUGCCAAAUUACUAAUGGAUGGUAGAACAUAUCGUCACGGAGAUGUGGUGCAUUUAGAGUGUGAGAAGCCUUUCCAGAUCAGAGGAGCUGAAGAGAUCCGGUGUGAGAAUGGCCAGUGGACUUUGCCUCCUCAAUGCAUCCAUCAGUCACCAUUCAAAGAUGUGGGCAGGCUGGCAAGCACAGAUGGUCAUUUCAGCCAAGAUGAUGAUGAUGAAAACUGCAGUUCUCCUCCUAUAGUUAAAAAUGGUAUCUUUAGUCUAUCACUGACAAGCUACAAAACUGGCUCUGCUGUGAAAUACAGAUGUCUCCCCUUCUACCUGAUCCAUGGACUUGAUACAAUUCACUGUGUCCAUGGAAACUGGACAGAGCCACCAAUUUGCUUAGAACCAUGUUUGUUCGAUGAAGAAAAUGCAAGCCGCUACAACAUAGAGAUGAAAUGGAGGCUGGAAGGAGAACCAUAUUUUCUGCAUGGUGACAUUAUUGAAUUUGUGUGUCAGGCAGGAUAUGUUUUGCCAUUAUCUGUCAGAGAAUCUCAGCUGCUGGUACAGUGCAAUAAUGGAGAACUGAAAUAUCCAAUGUGUGUUUCAAAAGAUCCUAGUGGAAAUUGCGGCUCACCGCCCUCUGUAGCAAAUGGAGUCAUCAUGGGUGAUGGCCCUGGUUUAGACUAUGCCCAUGGUUCAUCAAUACUGUACAGAUGCUGUGAACAUCAUUUUUUACAAGGGUCCAGAACAGUGUCCUGUUCAAGGGGCGAAUGGACUACCCCACCAGUUUGCAUAGAGCCAUGUAUCUUAUCAGAGGAAGAGAUGGUAAAAAAUAAUUUGGCACUCAAAUGGAAUUUUGACAAUAGAUCAUUUGUCCAUGGUGAAUUUGUUGAGUUUCGGUGUAAAGCAUACCCUUUUAGAACAACAUCAGGGUCAUCCUCUGAUUUGAGAGUACAGUGUCAGAAUGGGCAGCUGUUGUAUCCAGAAUGUAUAUGAGGGGAAGGUGAAGUGGAUGUGAAGAAAUGAUGUGUGGAUGACAUGGUACUUUCCCAUCUCGCAGCCUAAUUGCCAAUAUGAACCUUUACAUAGAUUUUUCUGGCACAAGGUCCUCGAGUAACUUAAACUACUGUGAUAGCUGCUGUUUCAACUUAGAGCAUUGCUUGGUGAUAUCUUUAAAGCAAAUGUGACCACAUUUGGCCUGAAAUUACAAUAAAGAUUAAUGUGUUCAUAAGA